AUGGCUAGUCAAACCUCUCCUUCAUGGCUUAUCGUGAUGAGCAUUACUUGUGCUCUGCUUAUUAGCUGCAUCAGAGUAUACAUUGUGUACAUGGGUGAUCUUCCCAAGGGUGAAAUCUCUGCAUCUUCCAUCCAUACGAGCAUGCUACAAGAAGUUGUUGGCAGUAGGGCAUCGGAAUCUAUACUCUAUAGCUACAAGAAGAGCUUUAGUGGGUUUGUAGCAAAGCUGACAAAGGAAGAGAAGGAGAAAAUUGCCAGCAUGGAAGGAGUAGUGUCCGUGUUCCCUAAUGAAAAGAAGAAACUCCACACAACAAGGUCAUGGGACUUCAUGGGCUUCCCUCAAGAAGCUCAAAGAGGUGCUGAAAGCGACAUCAUUGUUGGAAUGCUGGACACUGGGAUUUGGCCUGAAUCCGAGAGUUUCAAUGAUACAGGAUAUGGUCCACCUCCAAGCAAAUGGAAGGGCUCUUGCCAAUCCUCAACGAAUUUCACUUGCAACAAUAAAAUUAUAGGAGCUAAAUACUACCAUAGUGAUGGACCAGUAGGUCCAGAUGAUUUUGCUUCACCAAGAGAUUCUGAAGGUCAUGGGACACACACUGCAUCUACAGCAGCAGGGGCCAUAGUCAACGGUGCAAGCUUAUUAGGCCUUGGCUUGGGUACAGCCCGGGGAGGGGUUCCCUCGGCUCGCAUUGCAGUGUACAAGAUAUGUUGGGCUGAUGGUUGUUCAACCGCCGACAUCCUUGCAGCAUUUGAUGAUGCAAUUGCUGAUGGAGUAGAUAUAAUAUCACUUUCGGUUGGGGGGUCCUUUCCAUUGGAUUACUUUGAAGAUCCAAUUGCCAUUGGAGCUUUCCAUUCUAUGAAGAACGGAAUACUCACAUCCAAUUCUGCUGGUAAUUCAGGUCCUGAUUCUGAAAGCAUCUCAAAUUUCUCACCAUGGUCUCUCUCAGUGGCUGCUAGCACCAUAGACAGAAAGUUUGUGACAAUGGUGCAGUUGGGCAACAAUGUGACUUAUAUGGGAUACACUAUAAACACUUUUGACAUGAAGGAUCAGUACCCUCUAGUUUAUGGUGGGGAUGCACCAAAUACUCGAGCUGGUUUUGAUGGAUCUGAAUCCAGGUACUGCAUUUCAGACUCAUUGGACCCGACUUUAGUGAAUGGCACAAUCGUUCUAUGUGAUGAGCAGAGUGAAGGGGACGCAGCAUUCGCCGCGGGUGCAGUCGGUACCAUAAUGAACGAUGAUGGCUUCAAAGAUUAUAGCUUUUCUUACAUUUUGCCUGCCUCCUACUUGAGCUCUAAAGAUGGCAGUGGUGUUUACCAGUACAUAAAUUCAACUGUAAAUUCAACUAGUAUGCCCACUGCAGCUAUUAUGAAGAGUAUCGAGACUAAAGACAAAUUGGCUCCAUUUGUAGUUUCAUUUUCAUCAAGAGGGCCAAAUCCAAUUACAUUGGACAUUCUCAAGCCUGACUUAACUGCUCCUGGAGUGGACAUUGUUGCUGCAUGGUCACAGGCUACCACUGUGACGGGGUCACCGGGAGACAAGAGAGUAGUUCCAUACAAUAUAAUUUCCGGCACAUCCAUGUCUUGCCCACAUGCUACCGGAGCGGCUGCCUAUGUGAAAUCGUUUAACCCCGGAUGGUCCCCUGCUGCUAUUAAGUCUGCUCUAAUGACAACUGCUUCUAUUAUGAGUGCAGUCACUAACACAGAUGCUGAGUUUGCAUACGGGUCUGGUCACAUUGAUCCUCUAAAGGCUGCAAAACCUGGUUUAGUAUACGAUGCUGGAGCGCUUGACUACGUGAAGUUUUUGUGUGGGCAAGGUUAUAGCACCAAGUCAUUGCAACUGGUCACUGGAGACAAUAGUAGUUGCUCUGCAGCCAACAAUGGAACUGUUUGGGAUCUAAAUUAUCCUUCUUUUGCUCUAUCUUCUCACACUAAACAACCCAUCACCCGUGUCUUCCACAGGACCGUCACCAAUGUUGGUUCACCGGUGUCCACUUACAAGGCAACUGUGGUAGCCCCUGCAGGACUUACGAUCCUAGUCGAGCCGAGUGUCCUUACAUUCAAGUCAAUAGGUCAGAAGCAAUCCUUUGUGGUUACAGUCACAGCGGCCCUAAACAAUAAUGCACUUUCCGGGUCUUUGGUGUGGGAUGAUGGGGUGUAUCAAGUGAGGAGCCCCAUUGUGGCAUAUUCGUCCUUUUGA